AUGAACGAGUCCCACCACUAUUUUCCAUCACUACCUGCAAGCACGUCCAUCUCCAUGAAGAAAUCACCGGACUCAAAUGAACGAGUGCGGAUGAAUGGAACACGACGAGAAGAACGGAGGCAGAAUCGAUUGGGAGGAAGGGGAGUUCGAUCCUCGUCCGAUGGAGAAAAAGAAAUACGAAUGGGAACAGCCCCAAUGUCGAUCGAUGGUCCAGUGGCCGAAUUGACAAGUAGGGGCGAGCAAAACAUGAGGUUGUUGCCUCUUAUCGUUCACUGGGAAGAGAAAUCGCCGCUUCUCGGUGUGGCUAGGGGUUUCAAUGGGAAGGAGGCCAGAAAAGAGUUCAGACGAGAAGCACGAAGUCACACGUGGUUCGGUGGCGUUUGCUUUGACGGGAGAAGAAGAUAUAUGCGAGAGGUAAGGUUGUUGUCUCAAUGGCUCACCGAAGCACCACUACGGCCGAUGUUCAUGACAGAUGACAAAGAAACAUAUCGAAAAUCAAGGAAAAAAGGUGAUCAAAGAUGA